AAUAAACUUUGUCGUUGCUGUAGUCAGUAGAGAGAGGGUUAGAGACUGUUUGUGGUCUACGUUGAACUACGUUUUUACCAAGUGUCUGUGGGUUAGAAGCUAACAACCCACGAAAAAAAUCAAUCAUGGUUUUAUUUUUUACAAGUAAUGUUGUAUCACCGCCAUAUGUCAUAUAUAUGGGAGUGGAUAAACAUGAGAAUGAAGAAUUGAUACGUUGGGGAUGGCCCGAAGAUGUAUGGUUCCAUGUUGACAAAGUAUCAUCGGCUCAUGUGUAUCUGAGGCUUCAUGAAGGCGAGACACUUGAUGAUGUGCCACAAGCUGUCAUUGAUGACUGUGCUCAGCUUGUCAAAGCCAACAGUAUUCAAGGAAACAAAUUGAACAAUAUUGAUAUUGUUUACACCAUGUGGGCCAAUCUUAAAAAAACACCAAGUAUGGACGUUGGUCAAGUUGGCUUUUACAAAGACAAAGAAGUGAGGAAAAUACAUGUGGAUCGACGACAAAAUGAACUUGUAAAUCGGCUUAACAAGACAAAAGAAGAAAGAAAUGUUGACUUCAGGGCAGAGAGGGAAGCAAGGGAUAGGCGUGAACGAGAGGACCAGAAGAGAAAACAACAGGAAAUAAAACAGAAGGAAAAGGAGGAGGAGAAGCGUAGGCAAGAACAAGCUGAAUUAAGGUCUUAUACUUCUUUGAUGAAACCAGAAAAUAUGACAUCAAAUAAGGAUACUGGUAGCAGUGAUUCUGAUGACUUCAUGUAAAGUACAAUGGAUGCAGUGGAUCUGCUGAAGAUGGAAAGCAUUUACCAAGGGCUCACACUGUUUAUAACUGUCCUGAGAGGAAGUUCAAAUCAGGAUAAAAUGAACUGUGAAUACAAAGGACUCCAAUCUCACUGAAACAAUUUAAAUAAAAAAAAAAAUCUAA